AUGGUGGCCGACGUCUCCGAAGGCUGUGAGGUCAUCACCGCAGAUGCGGGUGACCGCAGUGGCGGCCUGCUCGGGCCGCAGGCAGUGGACGGCCGUGAGCACGUGUCGGUGACCGCCCCGGAGCCGGCUCUCGGCUUCAGCACGCUGUACGACCACUGGCGUGGCCGCGAGAAGGGCAACCUCUUCAGCUACAGCCUCGGCUCACCCAGCGAGCACUGGUCCUUCUACCAGAUGCUCGGCACGCCCAUCGUCUACAUGAUGUGGGAAAUCGACUUUGCACGCUGGAGCUGGAACGACUUCCCGCUCUACCACACCGUGUACGAGACGUUCUCGGCCAUGGCGCACCUGGACCCGGAGUUCGUGUAUCACCAGGCGCUGGGGCGGCUGUGGGCCGUGCUGGCCCAGCGCCUGGCCCAGCAGCCGCUGCUGCCCAUAGACGUGCGCGACGUGGAGAAGCCUCUCCGGCUGGGCCUUGACCACAUCAGACGGAGCUACGGCCAGCUGAUGGACCGGCACAACGUGUCGCUCGGCGGUCUGGAGCGGGCCGUGCAGCGGUACGUGACUGCAGCACAGCGGUUUCACAAGAAGAUCAUCUCACGCACCGAUUAUAGUGAUCUGGAGCUUCGACAGAUCAACGAUCAGAUGGUCGGCGUCGAGAGAUCAUUUGUCGAUCCAAACGGUCUUCUGGUCGAUGAACAAAACCGGAACGCCGUGUUCGGCACAGACCCGGACCACGAGUACAACGGCGUGCUGUUCCCAGACGUGGUAGAGACGCUGCUGCAGGUCAGCGAGCAGUCGGAGCAGCCCGAUCUCUGGCAGUGCGUGCGUCGCGCCCUAGCCGCCGCCAUCUUUGUGGUGAACGGCGCCGCGGCAUCGCUGGCCGACCCAAGUCAUUUCGUGCGGCCCUGGCCAGAGACUGAGCCAGACCAGACCCUGACCAGAAACUGAGGCGGCUUCGACCAGAGACUGGGGUGACCCUAGCCAGAGACUCAGGCGACCCCGACCAUGGACUGAGGCGACUUUGGCCAGAGACUGGGGUGCCCCUGGCCAGAGACUCAGGCGACCUGACUGGGACUGAGGUGACU